GCCGCGGCGGCUUUGUGGAGCUUGGCUGUUCAGAACUCCGACAACCAGGUCGCCAUCGCCAAGGCCGGCGCCGUGGAUCCGCUCGUCGACCUCCUCCGGACCGGCACCGACUUCGCAAAGGAGCGGGCCGCGGGGGCUUUGCGGAACUUGGCUUGGGAGAACGCCGACAACCAGGUCGCCAUCGCCAAGGCCGGCGCUCUGGACCCGCUCGUCGACCUCCUCCGGACCGGCACCGACUUCGCCAAGGAGCAGGCCGCGGCGGCUUUGCGGAACUUGGCUUUUCAGAACUCCGACAACCAGGUCGCCAUCGCCAAGGCCGGCGCCGUGGAUCCGCUCGUCGACCUCCUCCGGACCGGCACCUACGGCGCCAAGAUGCAGGCCGCGAGGGCUUUGAAAAACCUC